AUGUAUAAUUUCCAACCUACUAUAAAAAGAGUCAUACGAAAAUGGACUACAAAAGAUGGUUUACUAGGAGAUUAUGAUUAUGGUUAUUUAUUCAUGCCAGAUAUACCAUUUAUAUCAAAAGAACCUAAAACACAACCAUUCUUUGGAUUAAAUUCUGAUAUGCCAAUAUUAUUGGGUGCAAUACUAGGGUUUCAACAUGCUUUAUCAAUGUUAGCAGGAGGUAUGUAUAAAAUUUUAAAAACUGAGUGAUGAAAAUUAGACUAACCGUAUCUAGUCAUAACUCCACCAAUAGUCAUAUCGACAGCUAGUGGUAUGGCACCUGAAGUACAAGCGUAUCUUGUUUCAACAUCUUUAAUUGUCAGCGGGAUUUUAUCAUGUGUUCAAAUUUCAAGAUUUCAUAUUUGGAAAACACCAUAUUAUAUAGGAACAGGUUUAUUAUCAGUUGUAGGGACUAGUUUUGCAACAAUUACUAUAGUUACAAGUGCAUUUCCAAUGAUGUAUGCUGAUGGAACAUGUCCCAUUGCUGAAGAUGGUACUCAUUUACCAUGCCCAAAUGGAUAUGGGAGAAUACUAGCAAGUGGAACAGUUUGUGGAUUAUUGGAAAUACUAUUAUCAUUUAUGCCUCCAAAAGUAUUACAAAAGGUAUGUAACGGAAUAAAUUUAAUUAUAACUAGAUAUUAACAUUUUUAGAUUUUCCCUCCUUUAGUCACCGGUCCAGUUGUUAUGCUUAUUGGUACUCAUUUAGUUGAAACAGGUUUUCAAGAUUGGAUAGGUGGUUCUUCAUGUGUUGGAGAAAUUUGUCAUACUGGGAAAUUUAAUUUACCUUGGGGCUCAGCAAAUUAUAUUGGUUUAGGAUUUUUAGUUUAUGUUACAAUUAUAUUUGCAGAAAGAUUUGGUGCACCAAUUAUGAAAAGUUGUGCAGUUAUUGUUGGUUUAUUAGUUGGUUGUAUAGUUGCAGCUGCUUGUGGAUAUUUUUCAAGUGAAAACGUAGCAUCUGCAAAAGCAGUUAGUUUUAUAUGGGUUGAAACAUUUGAAUUAAAAUUAUAUGGACCAAUUAUAUUACCAUUUCUAGCAGUUUAUAUAGUUUUAAUGAUGGAAUGUAUUGGUGAUGUUACAGCAACAUCAGAUGUUUCAAGAUUAGAAGUUGAAGGAGAAGUUUAUGAAUCAAGAAUUCAAGGUGGUGUUUUAGCUGAUGGUAUAGCAGGAGUCAUUGCUGGUUUAAUGACAGUUACACCAAUGAGUGUUUUUGCUCAAAAUAAUGGUGUUAUUUCAAUUACAAAAUGUGCAAAUAGAAAAGUUGGAUAUUGGUGUGCAUUUUUUAUGAUUGUUAUGGGUAUAUUUUCAAAAUUUGCUGGUGCUAUAAUAUCAAUUCCAAAACCAGUAUUAGGUGGUAUGACUUCAUUUUUAUAUUGUUCAGUUGUUGUUUCAGGUAUAAAGAUUAUUUCAACCACGGAAUUUACAAGAAGAGAUAGAUUUGUAUUGACAGCUUCAAUUUUGCCUGGUUUAGGAUCAAUUUUAGUUUCUAAUUGGUUUAGUAAUGUAUUUACUUAUGAUGGUGAUAAUAAAUCAUUACAAGGUUUUUUCAAUGCAAUUGUUUUAUUUAUGGAAACUGGGUUUGCAGUAACUGGAUUUAUUGGUGUUAUAUUAAAUCUAGUAUUACCACAAGUAUCUGAUGAAGUUGAAGAGAUUAAUGAAUUAGUAUUGGAAACUGUUGGAUCUGCUGACGAAGCUGCAAGAGAAGAAUUUGCAAGAAAACAAGGUAUAACAUUAGAACAAUUAAAAAGUAAUGUGACUACAAAUCAAGGUGUCAUGAGUUUACGAUCAUCAGAUGCAAUACCUGAAUUUUAUGAAGCUAAAUCUAAACAUUAA